CGUUUUAACAUGGAAAAGUGCAAAGUUAUGCAUAUUAGCAAGAACAAUCCAAUGUAUUAAUUGCUACACUAUGAAGAAGAAUAUGGGAAACACCAUUGUGAAACAGGAUAUUGAAGAAUGUGAUCUGGGGGUAACGUUUGAUAGCAGCUUGAAAUUUGUAAAAACAAGUGAGGAAAUGUGAGGCAAAGGCAAACAGAAUGGUAGGCUUGAUAAAGCACUCAUUUGACCAUAUGGACAAGGAUGUUUCUUUCCCUGUACAAAUCCCUAGUCUGUCCGUUAAUGGAAUAUGCAACGCCAGUUUGGUCACCGUACCUGAAGAAGGACAUUCGUCUGUUGGAGAAAGUUUGCUUGUGAUCGUGUCAGCUUAAUUAUCGGUGGAUACCCGUGUAUGAACGUGCAAGAAAUGACUACCGUUGAACGUCAACGAUCAGGCACGAUGGCAUGCUCAACUAUACAGUGCCAACUGGUCAUCCUCAGCUGCCUCAUUGUGAUCUGCAUUUUGUUUAUCGUAUGCAUAAUGCUGUGCCCGCUCUGCAUCAAGCUACCAGAGCUGGUCUCCGCUGACUGGCACUGGAAUCCGCCGUUUGACCUGAAACAGACCGCGCCGGCAAACCGACUCAUAAACCUGACGAACUUCUCCUUCGUGAUCGACAGCGACGUGUGCGGCGGCGGUAACGGCAGCGAGGGCGGCGGCGGCGACGUCUUCCUGCUCAUACUCGUGCACAGCGCGCCGGGCAACGCCGCCGAGCGCACCGCCAUCCGGCAGACGUGGGGCUACGCGACGGACAACUACGGCGUGCGCGUGCGCACCGCGUUCCUGCUCGCCGACCCGCGCAGCGAGCGCAUGCAGCGCGAGCUGGUGGGCGAGGCCGCGCGGCACGGCGACAUCGUGCAGGGAAACUUCGUCGAUUCUUACCGCAACCUCACCUACAAACUGAUGAUGGGCAUGAAGUGGGCGGCAGCGCGGUGCGCGCGCGCGCAGUUCGUGCUCAAGUCGGACGACGACGUCUUCGUCGACACGUUCGCCAUUGUGCGCAUGCUGCGCGAGACGUACGCGGGCCGCGGCGACCUCUUGCUCUGCAACGUGUGGACGGGCAUGCCGCCCGUGCGCGACGCCGCCAGCAAGUGGUACCUGUCGCCGGACGAGUUCGCCGACGCGGAGUUCAAGCCGUACUGCUCCGGCUGGGCGAUCGUGCUCGGCCGCGACGUCGCCCGCGCCUUCAGCCUUGCGUCGACCAACAUGACGUACCUGUGGAUUGACGACGUGACUACGGGCAUCCUCGCGAGCGAGCUCUCGCUGCGCUUCACGAAGCUCAACGAGCACUUUGCGCUCAACUCGCACGACAUUGGCAAGUGGGCCGGCGAGCGGGCGCUGACACCGCCGCCGUUCGUCAUAACGACGUACAACAGGAACACGGUGUUCCUGCAGAACAUCUGGCGGAAAUGCGAAGAGUACUACUUGAAUAAGACGAGGCCACGCAUUAACUUGUUCAAAUGGAAAUUGUGGUGAUACCGAGUCAUUUCGUACCACCUUACUAGUAUGAACACUGUAAUAUUUCGUUUGACAGCGUUUGUAAACGAUUUUGUUACGUUGCAAAAAUGCAUGAUUUACUAAUACUUGUGAAAUAUUGAUUACCAUAUGCCAUUUGAAUUUAUACGUGGUCUGCACAACAAGUUUAUCUUGAUAUUAUAGCAGUAACAUGUCUUACUGACCUCUGAAGAAAUAGUCACAAUAGUUAUUCAAUUUCCUUUUGUAAAUGAAUUUAGUAAGAGCUAUAAAUCGUUGAACAAGUAAAUAAACUGUAUUAUUGCUUCUACACAUA